AUGUGCCCAGACCGUACGCAUUCGAGUACUGACAAAUUAUCAUUUCUGUCGAUUUUCCGUGAUCGCUGUGAAGUGUUGUGUUUAUAACUUUGUAUUGGUGUAGUGACAGUGUUUUAAGGAUUCGUCCAGUCAACUAGGUGUGUCGUAAGCGUAACGAUAAAAUAAUGAAGAAACUUCAGUGAACACCAUGGAGGGGGUUCGGGUGACGAACCAGGGGCUGAAGGCCCACACGCCGGAGGGGUCCGCGGGCCGCAUCACGCAGGCCGGCCUGGCCGCCCGCAGCCCAGAGGGCACCGCGGCCAAGGCCAUGGCCAUCAAAGGCCACGAGGACCUGUGGGUCGAGAUACAGGCCAACACGUUCCGGAACUGGGUCAAUGAGACCCUAAAGCCUAUGAACAUUAAGGUGGUCGACUUAGUAGAAGACCUCAGAGAUGGGACAGUUCUGUGUUCGCUGGUGGAGGCGCUCCAGGGGCGGCGGCUGAAGGGCUGGAACUCCAAGCCCACGAACCAGCACCACCGCCUGGAGAACGUCACUACAGCUCUCCAGGCGAUAGAGGACGAUGGCGUCAAACUAGUUAAUAUCGGGAACGUGGAUAUCGUUAAUGGGAAUUUGAAGCUGAUAUUGGGACUAAUUUGGUCCCUAAUCAUGCGAUACCAGAUCGGCAGGAGCAAGUUCCCCCCAAGGAAGCUGAUGCUGUCGUGGCUGCAGGCGGCGCUGCCGGAGUGCCGCGUGUCCAACCUGACCACGGACUGGAACAGCGGGGUCCUGCUAUCCGCGUUGCUGGACUACUGCAAGCCGGGGAUAUUCCCGCACUGGAGAGAGUUGAACCGUCACGAGGCCAUCGAGAACUGCCGGCGGGCGAUGAAGCUGGCCCACCGCGAGUUCGACGUGCCCAUGGUGCUGGAGCCCGAGUACCUGGCCUCGCCCUGGCUGGACGAGUUGUCCGGCAUGACCUACCUGUCCUACUUCAUGAAGCCUGACUCGCCCGGAGUAAGGGCGACCCUGGAGUGGGUCAACUCGAGGCUGGAGCGCGCCAUCACGAAUUUCACGACGGACUGGAACGACGGCCGCGUCGGAAACGAGUUGGUGCGGUCGCUGGGCGGACCCGCGCCGCCGCCAAGCCGCCUGCGCCGCGACCCCGCCAGGUGGGAGGAGAACAACCAGAUGGCGAUAGACGCUGGGAAGAAGUUGGGUGUCCAACCAGUCCUGUCGGCGAAGGACAUGUCUCAGUCUGACGUGGAGCACCUGGGUGUGAUGGCGUGGGCGUCCCAGUUCCGCAACGUGCCGCCGCGCCCCCCCGUACACGAUAUGCUGAGAGUCGCAUUAGACUCCACCUCGGGAAGAGUCGGGGAACCGACCUACAUCAAGAUAGAGAGUAUAUCGAAUGAGAUAUCUAUCUCGGACAUCAAGGUGUCCAUUGUCAACCCGUUGGAGCAGGAGUCCCGGCUGCGGUGCGACGCUAAGGGCGCCGGCGAGUUCGUGCCGGAGCACGCCGGCAUGCACGAGAUCGUCCUCACCGUUGAUGAUAUCAGGGUAGACGGCAGGUACUUCUUCCGAGUGCUGCCUCGUCUCGUGUCGGUGCCGCCGCCGGGCAUGGCGCCCUGCGCCGCUGGCAGUCUAGUCGAAGUGCUAGUCAGUGCUACAGGAGCACCGCGAAGACAGGACAUCGACGUCACCGCGCACUCGCCGAGCGGGCGCGCGGUGCCGCUGCAGCCGCGACAUCCGCCGCCCUCCGCGCCCGGCACCACCGCCUCCAGCGCCACCUUCCAGCCCGACGAGCCUGGAGUAUGGACCAUUGCGAUUACUUACAAGGGCGAGCACAUACAGGGUGGUCCUUUUACGUGCGAGGUGUUCGACCCGGCCGGCGUGCGGCUGAGCCCCGGGGCGCUGGAGGGGGCGGAGCCCCUCAAGCCCCAUUCUUUUGAACUAGACACGAGUGGAUGCGGCGUCAAAGGGGAUUUGCAGCUAGACAUCGUUCACGACAAGAGGAGUGUUAUGUGUGCGCUGGAGAAGUUAUCUGCCACCAAAUAUCGCGCCACAUUCAUGCCGAAAGCGGCGGGGAAACACAGGCUAUACAUCUACUUCAACGGCUACGACGUUCAGGGCUCACCCCACAUCUUUAAAGUGGGUUCCCGCUCCAGGAGGCCUCGGGAUAGCACCAGCCCAUCUUCCCCGGCGUACGCCAGGAUAUCUAGUCCAGCAACAAGACUAAGAUCGGAGAGCCCUCACAACUACAAUCUGUACGAGAGCAACAAACACAGCUCGAUAGACCGCCGAGAAGACCGAAGCACGGACUACUACAAGUCCUACAUGGAUAAAGACAAGUCCUACAUAGACAAAGACAAGACCUACAUUGACAAAGACAAGACCUACAUUGACAAAGACAAGUCCUAUAUAGACAAAACCAAGUCCUACAUAGGCAAAGACAAGUCCUACACUGACAAAGAAAAGUCCUACGACGUCACGGACUCUUACACGAAAGUACACAAGGAGUACAACUACGAUACUGAUAGAACUCGAACGGCGAGUCCAAUAACAUCGAAGCAUCUAGGGAACGGAUCGCGCCUGGAGUUCCAGACCAGUCCGUAUAGAGCCAGUAGUCCGUACCGCGCCACGAGUCCGAUCGACCGGACGUCGAGUCCACUAACGAGACGAGACAGCCCUUUGAACAGAACAUCCAGCCCAAUCAAUCGGGUGAGCAGUCCAACGGACAGGCAGAGUCCGGUGACGACCACGAAGCGUGUAGUCGAGAAGCGGUCCAACUACAAGGUGUACAGUUACAGCGGCUCGCAGGACAACCUCGACCAGAGCCCGCUGUCCUCGCUGGAGACCGACCGGGUGAAGAGAUACGGCAGCCCUACCCUAGCGGACACCGGCGAUCCGGGAGGGAAAUAUCGGACCAAAACCGGCUGGGACACUGUCGAGAAAACGCGGGAAAAAUUCAGUAAUAACAGCCUCGACUCGAGCUUCGGGCAGAGCACGCUGGACCGCGAGACGCAGCGCAACACGCAGCUGAACAAGUUUAGCGACUUCUCCAGAGACUCCUUCAACCGACACCUCGACCGGUUGGUCGACGAGCGGGACUCGGACUCCUAUACUAGUCGGCAGGAGAUCACGAAACGCGAGGUGCGGGAAAGCUCGUACGUGGUACGCGACUCGUCGUACAGCAGUGUGGAGGAGAAACAGCAGCAGCAGUCUUUUUUAUCCAAUAGGCCCCCCCGCGACCCGACCGGGGGGGCCCGCACUGAGCCGGACGCCACACACGCCCGAUUCAGACCAAUUCAAAGGGAUAUCACUAGAGGUAUCAAAGGUAUAAUCAUUAAGCCUACAUACAAAGGAAUAUUAGGACAACCUGUUGAGUUUAUAGUGGACGCGAGCUCCGCUGGUCCAGGUCAGCUGGAGCUGGAGGUGUCCGGCGGCAACGGGACACUGGUGGCCAGCUCGGUGCGCCCUCUCGGCGGACACAAGUACGUCGCCAGCUUCACGCCGCGAGUACUGCGCCCGCACUCCGUCAGAGUCACCUUUAACGACGAGCAUGUGCCAGGGUCUCCGUGGAAGGUGGACGUUAUGGCGGGGCCAGCGGGCAAUGGCGGCGGGGAGCCCACGCGGCUCAUCCCCGCGCGAGUGCCGGCCGUCUUCGAGAUCUCCACAUCACCCAACGCACCAGCUUUUAAUAAAAAUGAGGUGGGUGUGACGGUGACGGCGCCGUCGCGUCGGUCGGUGGUCUCCCGAGUGCUGGACGUGGCGGAGCGCCCUGGAGUAUACCGCAUUGAGUUCACGCCAGAGGAGGUCGGCACGCACCUGAUCGAUGUAACCAUCGGUGAAGACAAGCUGUCAGCCGGUCCGUUAGUCGCCAAAGUGUACGAUGCCAGCCUCAUCAAAGUGACGGACGUGGGCAAUGCCCUAGUAGGACAGCAAUGCCAGUUCAGAGUGGAUGCCAGCGCUGCCGGUGAAGGCCAAUUAGAAAUUUCAAUCAAUGAAGGAGAGGUUCCCAAUCAUGUACAAGUCGUUGGAGGUGGUCGCUGCCUCGUUUCAUGGAGACCAGAGACCCCAACUCCUCAUCGAGUGGAUAUAAAAUUUAAUGGAGAGCCAGUGCCUUCGUCACCGUUUGUUUUCCAUGUGGCACCUGCGCAAAGAGUCACUAUAGACACCUCACAAAUAGAAUUGAUACCUGUUGGUGAGGUAGCAUCAUGCUCGGUGCGAGUGGAAGGCUCAGGUGGUGGAGAGUUGACUGUGACAGUGAGAGGACCACGGGGGGAGGUCCCUGUGAGACUCACUGGGGAGGCGGUGACUGGUUUAGUCGCCAGUUUCACGCCCAAGAAUGUUGGCCCACACAUACUCACCGCGCAUUACAACAACCAACCUGUCCUUGGCACACCAUUCACGUGUAAAGCGUAUGACAGUAAGCUAGUCAGUGUCACCGGAGGGUCAACAGCUCGGGUGGGAGUGCCAGUACAGUUGGCGGUGGAUGCAGCACAAGCUGGUGAGGGCAACUUGGAGAUUACAGUAGCGGCUCGAGGACUGAACAUACCCACACAAGUUCAUCCACAGGGAAAUGCCAGAUUCACAGUUUCAUUUACUCCAACCGAAGCCUGUGAACAUAUUGUUACAGUAUCAUUUAAUAAGAUGAAAGUGCCAGGGUGUCCUCUUGUCAUCAAUGUAUCAGAGGGUGGCGUUAGUGGCGCCCGGGUGACACUGCCCGGCCCGGUGCCGUUGCAUCAACCCGCCUCUCUCACUCUUCACCACCCCUCCGCCACACUUGAACAAAUUGAAGUUAAUGUUGAGGGUCCGAACGGCGCGUCGGUGCCGGCCGCCGUAUCGUCGGGCGGCGCGGGCGUUUACCGGGCGGAGUUCGUGCCGCGCGCCGUCGGCGAGCAUCGUCUGAACGUGCUCGUUGAUUCCAUACCGAUACCCGCUAGCCCUUUCCAUUUAAAGGUGUAUGAUGUGACCGCUAUAAGAGUCAAAGAUGCGGCUCACGGAACGGUCGGAAAGCCGGUCACUUUUUUAGUUGAGACAAUGGCGGCGGGACCAGGUAAUCUGGAGGUGACGGUGAACGGCGGGCGCGUGCCGACGGCGGCGGCGGCGCAGGGCGCGCACACGUACGCCAUCAGCUUCACGCCACGUGACCCGCGCCCGCACACCGUCGAGCUGCGCUUCAAUGGCGACCAUGUGCCAGGCAGCCCAUUCGUGUGUCACGUGUCGGCUCCGGCGCGCGUGAUCGGCGCGGGCGGGGAGGCGCCGGACAAGGUGUCCGUGGGUGACGCGUACACGUUCAGCGUCGACUCGCCCAGCCCGCCGCACGUAGAGGUGUUGGGGCCUGCGCGAAGACCCGUGCCUGUACAGGUAUCGCCUGAAGAGACAGUUGGUGAAAAUGAAGCGAGCAAACGAUACACCAUCUCGUUCGUACCAGUCGACGUGGGAGAUCACAGUAUUGAGGUACGUGCAGGCACAAUGGGCGGUCACGUGGAGGGCAGUCCAUUCUUAGUGAAGGCGUACAGCGCAUCGCGCGUCUCCGUCACUGACAUAUCGCCCGGCGUCGUCGGACGACCUGUGUCGUUCACGAUAAAUGCGUCGCACGCAGGUGCCGGCAACUUGGAAAUUAUUGUAGCUGUGAAUGGACGUAAUGUACCAAAUUACGUUCAGAGCGAAGGAAAUGCAAGGUUCAAGGUAAACUUCAAGCCCACCGAGGCGGCCGCUCACACGCUAUCCGUCCGUUUCAACGGCCAUGCCGUGCCCGGUUCGCCGUUCACGUGCAUUGUGUCGGCGCCGGCGGCGGCGGCGGAUGCGCGCGCCACCGGCCCCGGACUGACGAGCGCGCCGAGAGGGGAGCCCGCGGAGAUACAUCUGACGGGGUUUCAUUCCGGCGAGCCGACGAUCUACGUCAUAGGUCCGGGCGGGAGCGCAGUGCGUACGCGCGUGACGGGCGCGGGUGACGGUCGCUACACGGGCACGUACACGCCCGACGCCGUCGGCCGUCACAGCGUCACGGUGCAGUGCGCCGGCCGGCACGUCCCCGGCUCGCCGUUCGUGUGCAACGUGUAUGACGUCCGACGCGUCAGAGUCGCGGGAUUGGGACCUGGUGAACUGGAAGGCACUCUAGACGGGUUAAACUUGGACGAGACGGGCGAGGAGCGUGGCGUGGAGGUGGGCAAGCCGGUGACGUUCAGCGUGGACGCGGCCGGCGCGGGGGAGGGGACGCUCGAGCUCGUCGUGUCCACGCCCUCUACUACUGUUAAAGCUGAGGUGGUCGCCGUAGCGCGCGGUCUGUACGACGUGACGUUCGUGCCGGUGUCGCGCGAGCCGCACCGCGUAUCCGUGACGUUCAACGAGCAGCCCGUGCCCGGCAGCCCGUUUGUGUGCCGCGUCAGCGAGCCGCACACAUACGUGCAGAUCGGUGGAAUCGCGACCGUGGAGCUCGAUGAAAGCAUAACCGACGUCGAAGUUGUAUCACCAUCUGGCAGUCGAAUUUCCGAGACCAACUUUGAAGAUUCCGGGCUACUAACGUUCCCUGCCAACAAAGUUGGUAGAUACAUAGUGCGAAGCAGCAAGGGACCAAUAGCUGAAGUCGAAGCCAUUGAUGCAUCUGCGGUCAAAAUUCUAUCCAUUGGCGAUGCUGUUGCUAAUCGACCAGCUGUUCUUACAGUGAGCACGCAAGGUGCGGGCGCGGGGCGUCUAUCCGCGCGCGUGCGAUGCGGCGGCACGACCGCUACACACUCUGUGCGACGUCGCGGCGGCGCGCGGUCCGACUUAGUGUGGCACCCCGCACGCGCCGCGCCGCACAGACUGACGCUGCUGUGGUCCGGCGUACCGGUGUCCGCUGACCCGCUCAUGGUGGACGUACUACCGCCGCAUCAUGGCCAGGAGGUAUCAGCGUGCGGUCUCGGUCUAUACCAGGCUCAAGUUGGUCGCGUGGCCUCGUUCAGUAUCGACACACUCGGCCGGCCCGCCAGAGAGUUUGACGUGGUCGUGUCCGGCCCCGGCUCGAGAGCGCUGCCUGUCCGUUGCUAUCAGACCAAAUCUGGCAUGCUACAAGCGGAAUAUACUAUCACGGAAGUCGGACAGAGCACUAUAGAAGUACUUCAUCUAUCAAAGCCGGUCACUGGUAGCCCGUUCACGUGUGAAUCAUUCGACCCGAACAAAGUCAUCCUAUCUGGACUACCCACUGGAAACAUCAUUGCGCCAACGCCGAUCAAUUUCACAGUGGAUACAACGGACGCGGGCGUAGGUGAGCUCGAGGUAGUGUGCGAGUCGCUGGGCGAGCGGCGCGUACGUUUACCGGUGGAUAUACGCGAGGACGGGCGUGCGUACCGCGUGCGUCUACGUCCCGCCGUGCCCGCACACUACCGCAUAUAUAUCACGUAUGGAGGUGCGCCAAUAGCCGGAAGUCCAGUAUCGCUAGGCGUGCUGAGCGGCCGCGCUAGCAACUUGGCGCGGUGUCUCGGCACGGGGCUUGCGCACGCGCACGUCGGUAAAGAGGCGGCGUUCACUAUACACUGUCCCGACGACGCGCAACCUACUGUACAGGUGGAAAGGCUAACAAACAACAAGGACGACAGCGACACGGGGUUACUGGAGUGUCGCGUGAUGGGCGGGGCGCCGCGCGAGUGGCUGUGUGCGUACAUACCGCUCGCCGUUGGCCUGUACGAGGUGCGGAUAUUCACCGCCGCCGGCCCGCUGCCCGGCAGCCCCUUCUCUGUUAAAGUGAUAGACACGUCAGCUAUAGUGCCAGUAGGCGGUUGGGGGGCGGACAACGCCGGGCGCGUGCGGGCGCCGUCGAAACUAGUGCUCGACACAAGCAACGCGGGGCCCGGCACGCUAGAGUGCUUGCUAGCUGGCAGACAUCAACGUGUGGAGACAGUGUCCGGGCGCGCAGUAGUGACGUUAGCUGCGCCUGAAGGAGGUGACAAUACGGGCGAGGCAGAGGUGGAGUUGACGUACAACGGCGCGCUAGUUGCGGGUGCGCCGCGGCGAGCGCUGCUGGCACCCGCCGGCGCCGCGGACAGAGUGACGCUGGCGGGACGCGGCCUCGCGCACGCCGCGCCGCACACGCCCGCCAACUUUACCAUCGACGGUAGUGGCGCCGGACCCGGUGCGCCCGAGGCGACAAUCCGAGCGCCGGGUGGUGAAAUACUGGGUGUGGCGUUGACAGCCGCCGCGAGCGGGCUGUGGCGCGCGACGUACACGCCGCGCCGGCCUGGCGAUCAUCUACUUAGCGUGCUGUGGGCGGGACGCCUUGUUAAAGGCUGUCCGCUCACUGUGAAAGUGGCGGCGGGUUCGGAGAGCGGCGACGCGUCGCGCGUGGUCUGCUCCGGCUCGGGACUGACGGGGGGCGUGGUCGGCCGCGACAUACGCUCGUGGAUCGACACGCGCCGCGCCGGCCCUGGCGAAUUGACUGCGCACUGCACGGGGCCUAAUAAGGUGGCGUACUGCGAGCUGUACGAGCACGGCGACGGCACGUUCACGUUGGGCGUGAAGCCGGCGGAGGCGGGGCGGCACGUCCUCAGCGUACAGUUCGCCGGGGAACACGUACCCGGCUCGCCCUUCGUGCUCAAAGUCGCCGGCGCGCCUGACCCCUCCAAGGUCCGUGUAUACGGUCCUGGUGUGGAGGCGGGCGUGCUAGCCACGUUCCAGUCGCGGUUCACGUGCGACACGCGCGGCGCCGGCGCCGGCCAGCUGACGGUGCGCGUGCGCGGACCGAAAGGCGCCUUCCGAGUUGAGAUGCAACGUGAGAGCCAGAAGGAUCGCACUAUUGUUUGCAAGUUUUCACCCACCGAACCUGGCGACUACCGUGUCGAAGUGAGAUGGGCCGGUCGUCACGUGCCCGGCUCGCCCUUCCCCGUCAUGAUCUUCGACACGCAGGAGGAGCUGCGCCGUUACCUGCAGGCCACCGCCACAUAGACGCAUUCGUGCGUACUUGUACGCAAAAUGCGUGCAUGUACGCUCACACGCAAAAAGUUUGCACGCAAACAAAUGCGUAUACGUUGUACACAUUUUAAUGUUGAUUAAGUAUCAGUUACACUUAGGCCUUACGCAACUCUGGGUUAUUGCUAUCAAGCGUAAACGACGCGUUUACGACAGUGGUGAGAGAGCAACUUAUUUGAUUCAGGGUUAAUUUCAGCCCAGUCUGGCAUAAGUGCAGUACUUUUUUAUAACAAAAACUGUCGGAAACCGUUUGUAAUAUUUAAGAAAAUUGUUGUUUGUUGAUUUGUUACAUAAAUUUAUAACGUUUUAAAUUAUUAUGUAUUGCUACCUAAAUUUUAAGAUAAGAUUACAAUAUUAAAAUGGUUUUCGUAAGUGUUUAUCUUAAGUGUAUGUUAUGUUUAAUCACCAUUAAAAUGUCAGGAAAUACAAAAGUAAUAAAGUAUAAUAAUAAAAGUUAGAAAAUAAAUGUAAAUUUUUGCUAGAAAGUAAAACAAAUUGUAAUCAAAUUUUAAAUUAGAGACCAAAAUAUUUCAUACCUCUAAUAUUUCCCAGUUCAAAAACCUAGCAAGAAACACAUCUAGUACUUAUAACCACAUCAAAAUUUUGUACAAAACUCGGAUUUGUUUCUUGUUAAGUGGUUGAAAUGCAGUAAAUAGGUCUCUAAUAUAUUUUUCAAGCCCUACUUUUGAACCAAAAUUAUCGAAGCCUAACUUUUUUAUUUAUACUAGUCUUUUAGCCCCAAACUCAAAAGCAGAAUGCCAUAAGAUAUUAAACAUGAAACGCUUAUUACGUUUAUGUUAUGGUUUUGUUUCAUGUCGUAAGUAUUUUUAUAAUGUUAUAAAACGUAUUAUGUAGUCGUAUUAACAUUUUUAUAUAAUCAAAUAUGCCCAUUUAAAGGCAGGCAACAAAUGAAUAUAAAUAAUAAGUAUCGAAUUUGUACUUACAUUUUUUUUAUUUGAUGAAUUAAAAAACACAUUCCAAUUCUGUCGUGAAGUUGUAGUUACUCUGUUUCCAAAAUAAUAGUCCACUCAAACUUCACAACAGUAUGUAUUAACAACUCCGUCCAAAUUAUCUGAUACAUAAUAAGUAUGUGUUACUAACUUAGUGAAAUAAUUAAGCAAUCUGAUAAGGCAAGUUGAAUGUAAAAUUAUAUUGAAUGCAUUAUAAUUAAUAUUUAUUAAUAAUAGUAAUGUCUAUCUUUUGUAACUAACUCUUUCUUGUUAUCGCUAGCUCUUCGUGUUGAUAUUAUUUGUA